AUGAGCUGUGUGCCUGUGUGCGCGUGUGUGAGUCAGCUUCGGGCUAAGGUUAUUUUGCAGACCUUGGCUCACUGCCAAGUUCAGACGCAACUCGUGACUCGCGUGAGUGUGAACGUGUCUACUGAAAAUGGCGCCUGGAAGAACACGGACUGCGAAAAGGGCCAGGCCCGUUGCAGGGCCAACGGAGGCUCAGAGUGCAUCCCCAUCGAGGACUACUGCCACCGAACUCAAACCCGCUUGCCAAGGAACUCUCGACCGUCGAAUCUGCUCUGCGAUGCAUACAACAAGAGCGUUGACCUAGGCUCUGAACUCCGCUCUAAACUAAACGACACUCUCAGCCAUCCUAACUGUCCGCGUUUCUAUACCGAGGUCGGCGGCCAGUGCCUCUCCCUCUUCUAUGUUGGCAGAUCGAGCUGGGGCGAGGCGCGGGCGUUCUGUAAGCACAUAGGCGGCGAUCUGCUCAGCAUCCGAAAUAUCAACCAUUAUAUGGAUCUGGUCAACCAUCUUGUCGAAAACCAACCGGCACCUCUCAUCCUCCUCCUCUUCUCCUUAGACGGUACGACAUCUGCAACCCGCGAAAACGUGACGGUGGUGGGAACAUCUAAGGUUCGAGAGGCGAACCACGGCGAGUGCUACCACGUCACGCAGGCGCCCGAGAACCCUCCGAAGGGCUUCUGCGCCGCCAUCACCUACGAGAACCACUACUACAUGAGCGACGAAGACUGCCUGACUGACAUGAGUCCCAUCUGUGUCACCUCUGUCUAA